GAUAUAAAAGAGGAACUAGUUGUGGGUCUCAGAAAUUCUCAGCACAGCCUUUAAGUUUCCAAACAUCUACUAGAAAAGGAAUGCAGAUUUAAACUGAGUGAGGUGUGGAGUGGGGGAAGCUGACUGGGUCUGGACCAAAGAACUUCAAGGAACUUGCCCAGAGCCCUGCACGCAUCAGACCUACCGCAGACACUGCAGGCCCGAAGAAAGCACCUUUUCUGCUGCCAUGACAACCAUGCAAGGAAUGGAACAGGCCAUGCCAGGGGCUGGCCCUGGUGUGCCCCAGCUGGGAAACAUGGCUGUCGUACAUUCACAUCUGUGGAAAGGAUUGCAAGAGAAGUUCUUGAAGGGGGAACCCAAAGUCCUUGGGGUUGUGCAGAUUCUGAUUGCCCUGAUGAGCCUUAGCAUGGGAAUAACAAUGAUGUGUGUUGCAUUUAGUGCUUAUGGACAUUACCCUAUUUCCGUGUAUAUCGGGUACACAAUUUGGGGGUCAGUGAUGUUUAUUAUUUCAGGAUCCUUGUCAAUUGCAGCAGGAAUUAGAACUACAAAAGGCCUGGUCCGAGGUAGCCUGGGAAUGAAUAUCACCAGCUCUGUACUGGCUGUAUCAGCAAUCUUAAUCAACACAAUUAGCUUGGCGAUUUAUUCAUUUUAUCACCGUUACUGUAACUACUAUGGCAACCCAAAUAACUGUCACGGGACUGUGUCCAUCUUAAUGGGUAUGGAUGGCAUGGUGCUCCUCUUAAGUGUGCUGGAAUUCUGCAUUGCUGUGUCCCUCUCUGCCUUUGGAUGUAAAGCGAUCUGUUGUACCCCUGGUGGGGUUGUGUUAAUUCUGCCAUCAAAUUCUCACAUGGCAGAAGCAGCACCUCUCACACCACUUAAUGAGGUUUGAGGCCACCGAAAGAUCAACAGACAAAUGCUCCAGAAAUCUAUGCUGACUGUAACACAAGAACCUCACAUAAGAAAUUACCAGAAUCCAACUUUGAUACUGAGAGACAUAUUGAUAUCAUUAUUAUAUGUAAUCCAAUUAUGAACUGUGUGUGUAUAUAUAGAGAGAUAAUAAAUUCAAAAUUAUGUUCUCAUUUUUCCCCUGGAACUCAAAAAUUCAUUUCACUGGCUCUUUGUCGAGAGUACUAGACGUUAAAUUAAUAAAUAAUGCAUUUAAUGAGGCAACAGUACUUGAAAGUUUUUCAUUCAUCGUAAGAACUUUAUAGGCAUUAAAUAAGGCAUUAAAUUGGCAAAUAAGAUCUGGAAGCAGAAAAGCAAAAAAGGUAUUGCUAAAAUGAGGCCUCCAUGCAAAACACAUACUUCUGCUCCCCUGUAUAAUAUUCCUCCCAUUUAUUUAACUUUUUUCUGCUCCCACCUAUGGGGACCAAAGGGCCUUUUCCUUCGGAAGUGGAGAUACGUGGCCAUCUCCCCCUCCCUUUUUCCUCUCCUUCUGUUCUUCCCCCAUAGAAAGUACUUUGAAAUAGCACAGUCCAUCCUUGCAUGUGCACAAGCUAUCAUUUGAGUAAAAAUAUACAUGGAGUAAAAAUCACAUUAAGCAUCAGAUUCAACUUAUAUUUUCUAUUUCUUCUUCUUCCUUUCCCUUCUCCCACCUUCUACUGGGCAGAAUUAUAUCUUAAUCAAAUUUGUAUCCUAUGCCAUAUAUGGAAAUGUGCAACAUAUGAUAUUUGUUAAAUACAUUUGUUUUUAUUGCAGAGCAAAAAUAAAUAAAAUGAGAAGCAAUA